AAUCUCCCAGUCAACUCUCGUUUCCUCGCUGCUCCCCUCCCCUACCUAGCAAGUAUCCAUGGCUGUUGUCUCCUUGCUCCCGCGACCGUCGCAGCACCGGGAAGGAACGCGCGCGACACUGUAGCCGGGGGCGGAGUCCGGCCCCCUUCUGCUCCUUCCUGAGCUCAUCCCCAAUGCCCGCGGCCCGCCGCUCGUCAUCCCCAAUGCCCGCUACCCGCCGCUCGCGCGCGACGAAGAAGACGAGCGGCGCCCCUGCUGUGCGCCUCCCCCGCGCCCUGUGCGUGUGCGAUUACCGACGCCACAGAGCGCGACGGCCAGCACCCCAACAGCCGGAGCGGCCGUCGAAAUGGACGACGACAAACACCUGUUCGAAAAAAUGCCUCCAAGAGGCGUUCCUGCAAAAGCAACAGAACCUCAGAUCCUUCUUGCAAGUGCUCCCAUUCUGUGGGACUGCGGCCGGCUAUUGGAUGAAAAGCUAUUGCUACUUGGUAGUACUCAAUGCUUAGGGACUCUUGUCGCGUGUUAGCAGCUUAGAGAGCACCGAUGGCGAAGACAGGACCACUUAUCCACCCCUAAUUCGCAGCAGCAUUGCUGGCGCUCAUGCUUCAUCAACCGCAGAUCCAUCUGUGCGUGCCCUUCAGUGGUGGAUCCUUUGAGAUCUGAUGUUGCUGAUUGUUCCCCCCUCAAGUUCCUUGUAGUCUGCACUGGUCUGAGUUCAAAGUUGAGAUAGAAUUGCCAAAUCGACGAAUAGUAAUGAGGAUACAUUGAGAAACUUGCAAGUUUUGAAUGUAUCGUCUUAUAUAAAGCAGUGCAGUAUAGAUUUGCUCAAGAGAUGGAUGCACAUGCAGCUUAAAUUCAUGUCAUACGUGUCAAUCUUUUUGCUAUAUAAAUUCUGAUAAGCUAA